CGAAAAUAAAACACUAAUACAUUAAGAUAAACAGUUCCUAAAAAGUGACAUUCUUGUGUUCACAGUUUUUAAGGUUAACUCCCACGUGUGUUUAUGUAGUUUUUUUUAAUGUUUUAAUUAAAAAAUAAAAAUGGGAAAGAAGACUAAAGGUACGAAUUUAAGCCGCCAAGAGCGUAUGGUAAUAGUUGUCGCCGAAAUAAUUCAACAUUUGCUGAAGGCACACGAAGAAGGUCGUGAUGUCAACCUUAACAGUUUAAAAUCAAGAAUCUCAUCAGAAUAUGGUUUAGAUUCAUCUCCCCGACUCGUUGAUAUAAUCGCCGCUGUUCCAGCUGAACAUCGUAAAGUUCUAGUUCCAAAACUAAAAGCAAAACCAAUUCGAACAGCUAGUGGUAUUGCUGUGGUAGCUGUUAUGUGUAAGCCACAUAGAUGUCCACACAUUAAUAUGACGGGGAAUAUAUGUGUUUAUUGUCCUGGAGGUCCUGAUUCUGACUUUGAAUACUCUACUCAAAGUUAUACCGGAUAUGAACCCACAUCAAUGCGAGCAAUUCGUGCUAGAUAUAAUCCUUAUUUACAAACCAGACAUCGUAUCGAACAAUUGCAACAAUUAGGCCAUAGUUGCGAUAAAAUUGAGUUUAUCGUUAUGGGUGGUACAUUUAUGAGUUUGCCAGAUGAUUAUCGUGAUUAUUUUAUUCGAAAUUUACAUGAUGCGUUAUCCGGUCAUACAAGUGCUUCAGUAGAUGAAGCAGUUAAAUAUUCAGAGCAAUCUGACGUUAAAUGUAUUGGUAUUACAAUUGAAACGCGACCUGAUUAUUGUUUAAAACGUCAUUUAUCAGACAUGUUACGUUACGGAUGUACAAGAUUAGAAAUUGGAGUACAAUCUGUUUAUGAGGAUAUAGCAUGUGAUACAAAUCGUGGACAUACUGUAAAAGCUGUUUGUGAGAGUUUCCACAUGGCGAAAGAUGCAGGAUUUAAAGUAGUUGCUCACAUGAUGCCAGAUUUACCAAAUAUGGAUUUAGAACGAGAUAUUGAACAAUUUAUUGAAUUUUUUGAAAAUCCUGCAUUCCGAGCUGAUGGUUUAAAGAUUUACCCCACUUUAGUUAUUCGUGGUACUGGGCUUUAUGAAUUGUGGAAAAGUGGACGCUAUAAAAGUUAUCCACCUUCGACGUUGGUUGAUUUAAUAGCUCGUAUUUUGGCUUUAGUGCCACCAUGGACACGAGUUUAUCGUGUACAAAGAGAUAUUCCAAUGCCAUUAGUUAGUUCAGGAGUUGAACAUGGUAAUCUUCGGGAGUUAGCAUUAGCGAGAAUGAAAGAUUUUGGAACUACUUGUCGGGAUGUUCGAACACGAGAAGUAGGAAUUCAUGAAAUUCAUAAUAAAGUUCGCCCUUAUGAUGUAGAAUUAAUUCGUCGUGAUUAUGUAGCAAAUGGUGGAUGGGAAACUUUCCUUAGCUAUGAGGAUCCCGAACGUGAUAUUUUGAUAGGAUUAUUACGGUUAAGAAAAUGUUCAGAUCAAACAUUUACAUUGCAAGGUGCUUGGUCCAUAGUUCGAGAAUUACAUGUUUACGGCAGUGUUGUUGCGGUAAGUGAAAAAGAUGCAAGCAAAUUUCAACAUCAAGGCUAUGGAUCACUUUUAAUGCGAGAAGCAGAACGAAUAGCACGAGAAGAGCAUAGAUCUAAUGAUAUUGCUGUUAUUUCUGGUGUUGGAACACGACAUUAUUAUCGAAAACUUGGUUAUGAAUUGAAAGGGACAUAUAUGGUUAAGAAUUUACAUGAAUCUAAAUGA